AUAAUCGAGAAUAUCUAGGCUGCGCAGGGUGUUGCGUCGUCUCACCCAGUUUCGUCGGACCCUCCUCAACCUUCGCCUUCGUUUCUUUAUUCCACCACCACAUCUCCCCCAAGCUCUUUCAGGUUUCUCCAAAAUUAAAACCAGAUUAGGGUGUUCAUUGUUGAACCGGUGGUGCAAGUUGGUUGGUUCCGUUGAUUCCAUGAAGUCCCCUACUCUGGAUUAAGAAUGAGGAUAUGUUUGAAGAAACAUGAAAACAAAAUAUGCGUAACUAGAGGAAAUGGCGACAACAGGAGAAGGCAAUUCGUGCCAUGCUACCUAGUCUACUCAUUGACUUCUUAGUCCUAGAUUUCGAAAUUUUUCCUUCUGCAAGUCUAAUGAUCGCAACAAUCUAGCGAGCUAGAUUUAAUGAUCCAAUUAUGUAUAUGUCUAAUAUUAGUGUGGGAUAAAAAUGGCAAAAAUAAUUUCUCAUUUUCUUGACACAGAAUUGGACUAUAAAAACUGAAACAAAAAGAACCUCUCAGAUUAAGGUUUGAGGUUAGUCCUUAAAAGCAUCUAGAUAACAAAAAGACAAUUAGGGUCGAGAUGACAUAAUUAAAUAUCAGUUUCUCAAUGAUAAAUACGAUUCAUAGUUUGAGCUUUUUUUUUUUUUUCUUUUUCUUAUUUUAUAAUACAUUGAACCUGUUGGUCGUUGGUUUGGAUAGUUCCAAUAAUGUGUAAAUCCAUAAUCUAAACUGGUGAUAAGUUGGUACUGAUUUUCUAACCAUAAAGGAAACAAACAGAUAAAUUGGUUAGGCCAGGUUGGGUCCAUUGAUCCUGGUUGCACAAACUAACUUGCAUACUCAUGUAGAUCAACCAUAUUACUGCAUACCAUGCAGGAAGUUUAUGCCCUGCUGAGUUGUGUCACCCUUGAAUUUCCAUUUUGGGACUUACUCACGCAUAACAAUUCUGAAUCUGCUAAUAUUUUUAUCAUUAACUGGGUUGUAAUGGGAUAUUUUUAAGUUUGUUUCCUCACAUUAGUACCAAAACUAUACUAAAUAUAUGUGCCUGUACAAUCUCUACAACUCUGCUUAGUUUGCUUGGCCUAGUAAAUUUUAUGGUCUCAACUCUAGCAUCUUUAUAACUACAGAUGAUUGUGGUAUCCAUUAACAUCCGCACUUGAAUGCUUUUUUUUUUUCGUGUAUAAACUUUGCCAAUGUUUUUAUUCGCAUGUGAAAGAAGUAAGAAAUUGAUUGGCUUAUGAAAAUAUAGUAUGGACAAUGAUUGAAAAACUCCUGUGCAGGAAGGAUUUUUUUUUUUUUUUGAACUUUCGUAGUUCCCAUGAGCCUCACAUGGCAAAAACUUCUUUGUUGUGACUACAUGACAUUUAGUGUGUAACCUUUUGAGGCCAACAUGGUGGGUCCAUAUCGAAAAUUAUGAUCAUAUUUAUAUGUUGUAUGCAUAUUAUUACUGUAGUUUCAUGCAUAAUGAUACAAGACAUCUUGUAGUUCUAUAGAAAAAGAAAUAGGGGAAGGGGGGAGGAGGGAAGGAUGGGAGAGAUCAUUAUUGCACAGAGAGUUGAAGCAUAAUCCACACAUAAUUUCUUCUUUUUAUAUAUAUAUAUAUAUAUUUUAGUUGCAAAUAUCAUGUUAGGUUGUCUCAGGCGUAUCGUAAUUGCUAAUCAUUAAUAUUAAAUAAACAAAGCUUGAGAAGAAGUGAAAUGAGUAGACUAGACACCAUAAUUUCGUAAUCAACUGGGACUUAAUUAUUUGGAACUUUGGUCACAUUACAUCUUUCCAUCAAUUGACAAUGAGAUUGAAGGCCACCUCUGUGAUGGCCUUUUGCAAUUGCCCACCCCCCAAUACUUCCUCUAUAUGUUUAUGGAGAGAUUCUUCAAUUUCUUGUGUAAAGCAAGUUAUGCACUUAACUGACUUGGAUUAUCCUGGCAUGUUUUGUUUGAAUGGUUUGGUUUAUUGAUUUUCUGGUUUGAUUGAAUAUCUUUUGUUCAUUGUGGACUAGAACUCGGCUAUGUUCUGUGAAGUAGAACUGCUCAGGGAUGUGGCUGUCCUUGCGGAAAACUUGGAUAGAAAUGGACUUGUUUCCCAGAGGUCCAUCAUCACACGCCUGUUGGAGGACUUGCUGAAUGAAAAGGCCAGCAAGGAUCAUGGUUACUUUCUUGCAGUAACCAGCUUAAAGAGCAUAGGCAAAGGAGAGGUUGUGGAUGAGUCGGGGGAUGUUUUCUUCCCUGUAGUCUUUAAUUGCCGUACCUUCUUACCUUUCAAGGGAGAGAUUUUGCAGGGAGUUGUUCACCGCAUAUUUAGGCAUGGGGUCUUCUUGAGAUGUGGACCUAUUAAAUAUGCUUUUAUCUCAGCCCGGAAAAUGCCAAAUUACCAGUAUGUUGCCGGGGAAAAUCCAGUCUUUUUGAGUAAUGAGCUUGCAAAGAUAGAGAAUGACGUCGUGGUGUGUUUCAUGGUGCUUGGUGUGAGAUGGAUAGAGAAAAGGGGGGACUUCACAAAAGAAUUUGUGAUGCUUGCCGGAAUAGAAGGUGAUUCCCUUGGACCUAUUUCAUUGUCUGGAGCCGAUGAAUUCAACGUGUAAAUAAAUAAGAAAGACAGCAUGAGCAUGUUUCUUUGUAGAUGAUUUCAAGGGCAAACUGAUUUCGUUUUAUUUAUAUUCUUUCAUUUUUGGUGGGUGAGAAUGAUAUACUGCAAAUGGGAAGCUGAUGCGUCUGUGAGAUAUACAUGUUUACUGAUAUCAAGUAUCAACUAUAACUUGCAGCUAAUUUUGUUGCGAGUUUCGAAGGAUAUAUCCUUUCUGUAAUCCGAAGGAACGCUGAUGCACUUCUCCCUUUACAUAUUUGAUGCACAUGUUUUCA